AUGGCAGGAAAAAAACGUCCAGCGACUCCUUUGCCGCCAAACUUAGGCUUCAAAGCCUCCGCGUCCUUUUUGAUGGCUCGAGGAAAUGGGCCUUCACAAGCUACCCGUGGCAAACCAGUUGCCAUGAACGAAGAGGCACACAUGGAGUUUGUACCUGUGUAUAUACACACAGCCAAGUGUGAUAUCUGCGAAAAACGAAACGAUUCGGUUCUCCAGCGCUGCGUGACAUGCACUUCUCAGUUCUGUUAUGGGUGCAUGCUGGGUGGUGAUGGAGUCCACGUCAAGAGCAAUGAUAUGGACUGGACAGACUAUGGUGCCCAGGCAAAUUCCACCUUCAAGGCGCAGAAUAAAGCGCAAGAACAAAUCGCCAACCUCGUCGCCAACCACGUCGCCAACCACAAGCCUGGAAGCGCUGCUCAACCAAGAUUGACUUCAGCCUCGGACAUCCCGUCAUGCAGGACCCACCACAGAGAACUCAAGGAUGCCCACAAGGGAACAAAGGAGGCCUUUGUUGCGGAUGAGAUUCCGGCCAAGGCAGCACCCGCGCCCAAGAGGCAAAAGACUGCAGCCACAUAUCAACAACCAAACCAAGGGAAGCCAGCACCUGCGGCCAAGAAAAACACCAGAGUGGAAAAUGCCAAAAAGAAUCGCACUGAAGCACAGUUCCCCUUGAUUAUCCCCAGUCACAAGGACGAUUAUGGACCGAGGUUCCAGAGAUUUAUUUCCAACCUUCAAGAGGCGAAUGACAACGACGCAACGGAGGCGGAAUGGACCUCUAGUGACAACGAGGACCACGAUCCUAGGAGGAUCUCAGACUUCUUCCCUGGUCCUUACGGCAUAAUUGGCAAGAAGUUCAACUCAAAGAGACCACUCCCAAACCCCUGGGCCAACGAGAUCAAAGAGAACAAAAAAGACAUCACAGCGGAGAUAUCUCUUAUCGACCGCCACUUGGAUCUUCUCAAUGACAAGAAAAGGCUGGCUCUGGUGAGAAAGACGAACAUUGACGAAGUCCUGGAUGCUGCCUGUAUCUUGAUGACCAUGCGAACCGAUGCAAGGGGCUUCCCCGAUGAAAACGAAACCUCGGCACCUGUAAGCAAAUCCCUGGCAAAAGAACUCAAAAACGGCGAAGCUCUGAACAAUGCCCAUACCUUCAUGAGCAUGCGGGCCGAUGUGAGGGGAAUUCCUGCUGAUACGGAGUAUGCUUCCAAGGGCACUCAGGCAGACACGAGGCUCCCUUUUCGGGACAGCCUGGCAAGAGUAUUCGAAAGUGAUGAAGCUGUAGGCGCUUCUACCUCAACGGGCAAGCAAACUUACGACAGGCCCUAUCUUGCUGAGAGGACAACUCAGCUCACUGAAACCCAGAGGUCGGCCUUGGAGAAGGAACGCAAGGUUGAUGCAGUCGUGGAGGCUGCGUAUUAUUCCCUGAUGCGUGAGGGGCGGUCCUCCAAAUAAG